GGAGGGAGGCGGCGCGCGCAUGCGCCCUGCUCGGUGUGGCGGCGGCGGCGGCGAGGGGGGGGGCGUUAAAAUGGAGGACGAGGAGGUGGCCGAGAGCUGGGAGGAGGCGGCCGACAGCGGGGAAAUAGACAGACGGUUGGAAAAGAAGCUGAAGAUCACACAGAAGGAAAGUAGAAAAUCAAAGUCUCCUCCUAAAGUGCCGAUCGUGAUUCAGGACGACAGCCUUCCUUCGGGUCCUCCCCCACAGAUCCGCAUCUUGAAGCGGCCGGCGACGAACGGCGUGCUCAGCAACCCCAACUCGGCCACCAGGCCCGCGUUCCCCGUGAAGUCCUUGGCACAGAGGGAGGCCGAGUACGCCGAAGCCAGGAAACGAAUACUGGGCAGCGCGAGCCCCGAGGAGGAACAGGAGAAACCCAUUCUGGACAGGCCGACGAGGAUCUCCCAGCCAGAAGACACCAGACAGCCCAAUAAUGUGAUCAGGCAGCCACUGGGUCCCGACGGUUCACAAGGCUUCAAACAGCGCAGAUAAACGUGGGCACGGGAGGAUGCUGCAGGAAGCAGGGUCAGCUGCCGCGGGGCGCACUGCCGUGGCGGACAAAUGGACUUGAGCAAAGGGAACUCCCUGGUUUACUUGCACUGUGAUCCCCUUUGCUCUGCCCACUGUGACCUCCAACCCCACGCACUGUGACCUCCCCGCUCCACCCACUGUGAUCGGCAAACCGACAAGGGCUGUCCCCAGUCACCGUAAAUGGAAGGGGGAGGGGGUGUAAAGGACUCGGACGGGUGCAGAGAGCCGCGUGUGCCACUUUGGCCGAAGCUAGCGCCAGCAAUAAUGUUUGUUGUACUCGUAACCUGGGAUUUAAGGAAAAAACGGGAAGCCUCCCCAGAUGCGCAUGUUGUCUUUAUCACUUUAAGAGCAAGUUGGGUUUCAAAGGAUCUUCUAUUUUUUGUUCUGUUUGUGUAUCAGAUCGACUUUUGAGGGAGUGCAUGGGAAGGGUUUUAACUGUUUAGUUUGUUUUAAUUGAGAGAGGUAGUUAAGUGUUCGAAAAGGAGUUUCACUGAAUUUCUGCAACUGUAAUGGCUAGGGUUUGGCAAGCUUAGCUUCUUGUUCUGUAUUUCUACCGCUGCCAAGCAAAUGGAAGCGGACUCCCGGCUACCCAGCCUUUCUGGUCGCCUCGGCCUGGGAGCCGGCGCGGUCCGAUGACCUGGUUUACGUAUUGCACCUGUUAAAGCUUGGCUAGUGUUUUCUGCUGGCUUGAGGAAAAACUUAAAGUACAUCUUUUUGUGUUUUGGGGAGAAGGGAACGUAGGUGGAUCCCUUGAGAAUGCCUGCUGCGUGCUUACUGCUUGCAGCGGAGUGGGGCGGCGAGGAAUUAGGGCUCUGCAUCUGGACGUGCAGGCUAGGAGGGGAAUAGUGAGCGCUGUGCGGCUCUGCUCCACGAGGUAAACCCAGGCGAGGAGCCACGCUCACCCAGCGACUGGGGUAACGGCAGGGAGCGAGACGGCUGCUGCUCCAAAGGUUCGAACCCAAGUGGCUUACGAUGGACCCGAAGGCUCUGAUCUGUUACGGUACGAGCUGUACCUGACGCAUUUCCUUCCAGAAAUCACAGACAUCAGGAACAAAACGUGUUCGGUGAAGUCUGGAACCCCCCACCCGAAGUCGGUGGUGACAGCUGGCUCCCCGCCGGCUUCAGGGAACGGAUGGCUCCUGCCGCUCCAGCUCCUGCGGAGAGGACGGGGCUGCGGGCAGCUCGCGGGCCGAAAACUUCCCCGGACAGCGGCGGCGGAGGAGAGCCGUGCGGUGCCGCCAGCCGCCCGUGUUGCGGGACACUGCUGACCGUGGGCGCUGCCCCGUGCCCGGCGCUGUCCGUCCCGUCGUGCUGUCCGCUCUGCGCACUAGACAAGCUGACCUAUCUCCGCGGUCCUGUCUCCAGGGAUGAGAUGAACACUACAGCCCUUGUUGGAACGGAUGCUGACGGCGGCCGCCCGCCUGCGAGCGGCUCCAGGCUCGGGGCCGCUUCUGCCUUUCGCUGGGACCCCCACGGCUCCUUCAGCUGGAAGCUGCGGGCCGGCGGCUUGCUGCGUGCUCAGUCCCUGGGGAACGAUUUCUGGCCAUCGAGCGUUGCUGUGUACGGGUGCGGCGGCCGCUUCGCGCUCCGUAGGCUUGGUAAACGAGCAAACGGAGCGCCUUCUGCCCAUACAGCACGAGAUGCCUGCCGCGCCGCGUGGGAGGCUCCCGUACGGGGAGACGUGUACGGAAAUACGGCUUAGACAUACCGGUAAAAUAAAACUACCUGUGUACAACCAGA